ACAAAACAUGAGAAAAAUGGUGUGAAAUGGAUACAAAAAGCAACAAAAAACAGUUGCCGCCUGCCCUGCCCCCUCAUCGGUCUCUAGGGAACCAGGGAUUAUGGAAAUGUAGGAGAGAGAGAGAGUGACAGACAGUGAGGAAGAGGAGCAAGCAACGGAGGCAGACGGAGGCGCACGAUUGGUAGAACAGUCAAACAUCAAGCGUGAUACAGAUAUUCCUACAGCAGACUCGAGACCGGGAAGGAGACUCAGGAAACUCAUAUCAGGAGAAUAGCCUGUAGAGCGCAUUUCCAAACCAGUUUUUUCCAACAUGUAGAUCUUGCUGCGUGUUACGACUCAGAUUUCCUUCAUGCUCCUCUUUUGAGAUUCGGAAACAGGCAACUUUUUAUUUUUGGAGAAGGUAAAGGGAUGCUGGUGAGAUGUGGAGAGGUAGGUUUUUCCAUGUUAUUGAAUCAGACUGACAAAGUAGGAGAGGACUAUUCAGUAUCUGGAACAAAUCCGACCAGACAACGGCAUUUCACAUUUAAAGAAAUCAGCUGUAGUUGUGAAGUUAUCUGAUCUCAAUGUAAACAAUAUCAAAGCAAUAUGAGUGUUAUGAAUGUAUACGGAUGCCAUUUAAAUUAGUAUUGAAGCAACAGUUGAAUUGAAAGCCAUAUUCUCAAGCCAUAAGAGGAAAUAAUAAAAUAUAACUCAUUUUGUUUUGGAUGAAAUAGUGUAAUUUUGAGAUGGUUUGAGAAAAAGUACGUGUUAAAAUAGGUGCAAAAGUCAGAUAUUUUGCCUGACUGAGACUCACAGUGGAGCAUCAGGGCGCGUAGACUGAUUUAAACUCUUAAGUGCUUCCUAAAACACUUUGCAAAGGGGGUCGGGUGUAAAGACAGAGCAUGCAGUGAAGGCUUAUCGAUUUGGACAGAAAUUGAAGUUGAGCUGUAGGUGCCCGGCAGGUGUUUGAGACAGGGGCAAACGACAGGUGCUGGCAGGAUCAACUAUGGCGUUCACCUUCGCGGCCUUCUGCUACAUGCUUACUUUGGUACUGUGCGCAGGUCUCAUCUUCUUCGUCAUCUGGCAGAUCAUUGCAUUUGAUGAGCUCCGCACAGACUUCAAAAACCCGAUUGAUCAGAGCAAUCCCACCAGAGCGAGAGAGAGGAUUCUGAACAUUGAAAGAAUCUGCAACCUGCUCCGCCGGCUGGUAGUACCCGAGUACUCAAUCCACGGCCUGUUCUGCCUGAUGUUCAUGUGCGCUGGAGAGUGGGUCACACUCGGCCUAAAUAUUCCUCUACUCUUCUACCAUCUGUGGAGGUUUUUCCACAGGCCGGCGGACGGGUCAGAGGUCAUGUACGACCCGGUCAGUGUGAUGAACGCAGACAUCCUCAACUACUGUCAGAAAGAGUCCUGGUGUAAGAUGGGCUUCUACCUGGUGUCCUUCUUCUACUAUCUCUACAGUAUGGUCUACGCUUUGGUGAGCUUCUAAUAAACCACCAAUCUGGAGAAACACGAUACAUUUUGUAAGACCGAAGAAUGAACGGAGCCAAAAUGCUGUAUUUUUCAGUGUAUUAUUCCCAUCUAUUGGUCUGGAAUUCCCUGCGGACACUGAUACUGCGAUGUUGAUGCCUCAGCUGUACCACUUUAUCCUAGACACUGGCGUUGACAAGCUCUCAACCCAGUUCAGAUGGCUUCAAAAAGACAUACAAGGACUAUUUGUGUUGCCUUUGAUCCAUAAUGUUAAUUUACAAUACUUUUGAAGGGCUGGAGAUUUGCCAUGCUGCUCUUAACCCACUCGCUUAAUUCACUGUGAAUCUCCAACACAUAGGAGCUGAAAACUACAAUAUACUUCUAUGUAUUCUGUGACUUUGUACAUGUUUACCACUGACAGUUGCCUCUAUCAAUAAAAUCAAUACUUAGGCUGUGUGUUAGGGACUUCAAAUGUAUAAAGAAAUCUUAACGUCUUUGGGCAAAUUCAGGAAGGAACACAGAAUAUGGAUCAGAAUAAUAUUAUAACCAGAGAUAACUGCCAUAAAUAAUGUUACAAUCAUCCAGGAAAUGUACCCGUGAAACAAACAGCAAGAGACCAUUUGGUUCUGAAAGCAACAACAGAAAUCAGGAAAACAUGGGCUGCCAGAGAGGUUUUUGCAGGUUUGGCAAGGUCCAGUUGUGAAGUGGAUACAUUACAGUGCACUGCAGCUUGUUGUACAGAAGGACGACUGCAACGAUUUAUCAGAAUAAUAAUGAUUAAUAAUAACAGACUCCUCUAAUCAACUAUUAAAACAAUCAUAAUUGCAUUUUGAAAAUCAUUCCCCCUGAUCUGGACUAUACCGACUCUAAAACACAUGCCAAGAUACUGUUCAUGACACUAUUAAAUCAAAAUGUCAAAAAAUAAUAAACUGUUUCAGAUUUUUGUCAGUAAUACACUUAAAAUAUUCUCUGUCUAGAAGCCUUCAGUCACUUGCCUGGUAAAUCCAGAAUCUUUCUGUAUUUUUAUACAGAUUGAUAUCAGUCUGGUCCCCAGUCCCUCUGUUUCACAGAUUUUUUUUUCAGUGAAAAACGAGUUCAUUGAUCAUCGAUCAUCUAUACAGAAAAUCAAAUUUACCUCACCUCAGCUUAACAGAGUUUAGUGCUCUACUAAUUAAUUCUGCAAAACUCAGUCCCCUGUAUUUUUUCUGAUCCGGAUGGGCCAUGCGUGUGGAUUGAUUGGCUGAUCCACUUGUCAAUCACGCCCAUCUGCAAACUGAGAAAGUCACUGGUGACCAGACUCACAUCUGCGCACAGUAUUGAACAAGUGUGUAUUCAGUCAUUUGAACCACUAACUAGUUGACUAAUUUAAAAAAAAGUAUUAAGCUGGUGCUAAUAUUGUGUCUGAUCUAUAAAGUGGCCAUUACAGCUCCCUUUUUAUGUUAUGAAAGAUCAUAUGAAUAGAACCUUAGUCAUAGACUUCACCCUACACGAGUAGACUUGUCCAAAGAUCUUGAACAUUUUUUUCUUCUUUGUGCCAAAUCAAAGCUUAUUUAAGACUCAAUAUAAUUAUGCUACUUUGAAUUUGGUGGAAUGUUUUUGGGUUUUUUUUCUAAUUACUAAUUGCUGUUUUAUCUCUAGUGUACAGGGAUCGCCUUAUUCUUCUCUCCAGUGAAGUUAUCUCAUUUGCAUUUAUGCUAUAGUCAUUUUAGCAGAGUAUUUCUUCUUGGUAGAGUUUGAGGUUCGAUAUACAGUUAUUAUGUACAAUAAGCAAUUGAAACUAGCAAUGUUAUUCCUCAUGAGACAUAUCGAUGCAGUGUUUUUAAGUCUGUGCUAUCUGUGUUACUGUUCUGGUUGGUUAAAGGUGCACUAUGCCACUUUUCUAGGGAAGGUUCAGUGACCUACUCGUCUCUAUGGAGAUGCCAUUGUUUAGCCUGAAAUGUUCCACAGUAUGGCAUUAAACAUGUUUUUAUUGCUCAAAAACGUGCAUUUUUGUGGGAAUGUGGCCAUCUCUCUAAAGAUCUCACUUAGGUUGUGUAACUGCUUGUCUCCAUGGAGAUACGUAAGUUGAAUGCCUUACUGUGGAACAUUUCAAGCAUAGCAAUAACAGAACAUCCAUUAGAAAGGUUACACAGUGCACCUUUAACUCUUAUCUCAACAAACAUGACCGCAAUAGUGUUCUGAAGCCUUUCAAAGCCAUUCACAGCUAACAUUUGUACGAAAGCAGAGUCGUAUAAUCACAACUGAAAUUACUUCAUUAUUCAUAUGUUUUUACCAUUUGAAGUUAUGGUAAUAUAAGUGGACAGAGAAUUGAAAUGCAGUGUCAGUAAUAAUCAGCAUAUCUAGCGUUUUAAAGGACCUACAUAGUGUUAUUUUAUUUAUUUUGCAACGUACCAGAAUAACGCCCAUAGAAAUAAACAGAACAGUCUGCGAGUUCAUUUUUGCGUAGCAGUGGCACAGGCCUUCUUACUUCUGGGAUCAUUAAAAAAUACAUGACACUGAUGCAUUGGUUACUAUUGCCCAUAUUUUGUACUUUGUAAACAGUACUGCCAUGCUGAUAACUUUUUAAAACCGCCAAAAGCGUAAUAGUUUGAUGUAUUUUAGAUUGAUGUCAUUCCUCAACUCAAUUAUUCUGAAGUCACUGUUAAAAAUAUAUAUAGCCACAUAUCAAAUACUGUGUUAUUACGCUACUUUUAAGACAUUAUCAUCAAGCUGCCUUUAUAUAACUUCUUUGAAGUCUCACAUCAUUUCUGACAGCAACAUCUGGCUCUCCACACAAAAUUAACUGUAACCAAUUAGGAAAGCUGUGAGGAAGCUUUGAACCAGCCAACCCUUCUUUGAUAUGCCUUUAUGUCAGCUAAUGAAAUCCUAGCUAAACAACUGUCAUUUUUGCUCUACAAAGCCAACUUCAAUAGCGUAACAGCUCUUUUAUGUGCAUUUCUAGCCAAUAUUGCUAAGUUCAAAGGACACUGAGACCUCAAAACUAACUGAGUGUGGACAAUCACAGUUAAAGCACAUGAGGGGAACUUAUUUGAAUGUCAUUGCAUAGAGUUUUAGAUGAUUGUAUUUAUUGUCUUUUAUACAUUUAUCAUUACUGUACAAGUCGACCUAUGUGUUAAUUUAUAUCUAACAGCCUACACUAUGGUGUACAGUUAAUAAAGUAUUCUAAUAAAAUCUGAUGGCAAAAUUG